GGCCCGUCCCGGUGCCGCGCACUGCCCGCAGCUCCCGCCGCAGCGCCCGCAGCCCCGGGGCCACCGUGCCCCGACCCCGCGGCCCGGCAAGAUGUGGCGGCGCUGGGAACCGGGAUGGGACGAGAAGAGGGAGCUGCAGGAGCUCAACUCCCGCCUGCGGGUCUUCGUGACCCGCGUGCGGGAGCUGGAGGAGGAGAACCGCUUUCUGGCGCGGGAGCUGGCGGAGCUGCGGGAGCAGGAGCUGAUCGGGCUCCAGGUGCCCGAGCAGGAGCUGGCCUGGCUGCGGAUGCAGCUGGAGGAGCUGAGCCGGGCGAAGCUGGAAGCGGAGCUGGAGCGGGACGGGCUGCGGCGGGAGCUGGAGGAGCUGCGGGCGCUGGGCGCGGAGGUGCUGGGCAUGCGGCGGCGCCUGGAGCCCGAGCUGGCCGGGCAGCGAGCGCUGCUGGAGCGGCUGCGGGGCGAGUGCGUGGCCCUGGAGGAGCUGCUGCUGGAGCUGCAGGCCGAGCACGGGCACAUGGCGGAGCGGCAGCGGCGGGAGGCGGUGGAGAUGCGGGAGCUGCGGCUGAACCUGGCCGCCUUGCCGCCCCCCUUGGCCGGGCUGAGCCUGGAGGAGCUGGAGGAGACCUACGAGAUGCUGCUCAACCAGAGCUGCCGGGAGACCCUGCUGCGCUACCAGGAGCAGAUCCAGGUGCUGCAGGAGCAGGAGGCGCAGCGCAACCGGGAGAACCUGGAGCUGCUGCGGGAGGAGAGCCGGCAGUGCCGGCAGCACCUGGAGGAUCUGCACCGCCAGGGCCAGGAGCUGUGCGCGCUGCGGGAGCGGCUGGAGCAGGAGAUGCUGGCCCUGCAGGACCGCCACGGCGCCGAGCUGGAGGAGUACCAGAGAAUAAUUGACGCCUUGGAAGAAGAAAAGCAGUUCCUGACCAUGUCAAUCACAGAUUACCUGAGGGACUACCAAGAACUCCUGCAGGUGAAAGCAGGCCUCAUCCUUGAAAUUGAAACCUACAGAGCUUUGUUAGAAGGGGAGAGCAAGCCGUGGAUUAUAUGGAGAGAAGAGCUUGCAGGGAAACUGUCUGAAGAUAUUAUAAACACUUCCUAUAACUACACUGAUAUUUACUCUACUUAUCAAGAAAGAAAUAGAAGUAAAGCUUCACCAGGUGCCAGGAUCACUGACACGAGGCACAGAAUGCCUGUGACAAAUAUGAGCAGCUCUGCACAUUACUCAGCCCACUCCACACAGGCUGGAUCACACACAACAACAGGGGGAAGAACUUUUGGAAGGGACCUGCUUGGUUCAACGUAUCGCCCUUCAACGACUGUCACAAAGGAUGAAAGGAUUGUAACAGACCACAAAGAACUAAGAACAUUUACUCCAGACUACAGUAGCUGGAGAAGCACUGAAAUGCAGCAAAAGAGGAUUCCAGAAAGGAAGAAAACAGAAGUUACAACUUCAUCCACAGUAUCUUUUUCGAAAGAAUCAGCACAUGCUGAAAGAUCAGACAAGGACCACAAGCCUGAUGCUGAAAGAAGUAAACCAGGCUUCACUAGAUUUCCAGCUUAUGAGCUGAUUACCAAUGCAAAGCCAACUAGAUAUGAGGAAACUAUAAUUGAAACUCGGACCACACUGAAAGACAAAAGAGGAGACAGCAAACCAACUGAUGAGAAGACAUCUCUGCUGAAAGAAAAAGAUAAGCUGCAGAAACAAACAAAGGAUGAGAAAAAGAAAACGGAUGAGAAAUCUCUUAUAGAAGAAACUGUCGAUUUUGGGAGGAAGACUGAGCAGAAAAAAUAUAUCCGUGAGGAGGUUAGCCAGAAGGUAACAGGGAGUGAUAUUUCUACUUCAAGAACUUUGAAAAGUGAAGCAACCAAAAAAGAUGCAACUGUGACCUCUGAAUCAAGAAGCAAAGACGUCAUUGAGGUACCAAUCAGUAUUGAAAGGCCUGCUCCUGACAAAGAGCCUCAGAGAAAUAAAGAAAUAAGGGUACAAGGUGUUAAAACUUCCAUAGGAAGAGAAACAGAUGAACAUGUAACUCAGUCUGCUGAAACUCACCAUUUGAGGAUUUCAGAAGCAGAGUCCAGUCUGGAAGGUCAAGAGCAAAUUAGGGAUGAGAGCCACAGAAAGGGAACUCUGCCAACUGAAAACAUAGCAGAGAAUAUUGUUGCUGACAUUCUUAAAAGUUUCACACAGUCUUCUAGUUCACAGAUGUCAACAGACACCAAAGUGACCUAUUUUGACAAGAAAGAGCAAGAAGAUGAAGGGAAAUUAAAGACUGAGUUCACAGUGCAGUCUCAAGUUCAAGGAGACAUAGCUAUUUCUGAUGAAGGUGACUUAGGGCAUCUAUCAAACCAGGAUGUUAGAAAAGUGAUUCGAGAGGGCAUUGAGGGAACUCCUUCCAAAGAGGAGAUAGAAGAUAUUGUCCAUCACGGCCUGAAAGAAAGCGAGAGCGGAAAGAACGUGUCUGUGAAUGUGGAGAUUGUAGAGGAGCCACUGGAUUACACCACUGAAGAAAGGACUGAUUUUUCAACACCUUUCCAAGUUGAAGAAGUGGAGGAUUCAUUCCCUGAGAGGGAGAGGCAUUAUGGUGAAGAGGAACAAAACAUCACCUUCACAUAUGAAGAUGUCAAAAAGAAGAAGCCACGCCAUGAGAGCUUCACUCACGUGGAAGAAGUAACAGAGGAAGAUGACUCACCUAUUGAACAGAAAUAUUUUGUGUCUGUUCCUGAUGAGCAUCCUAUUAUUAAUGAAAAAGAUGAUGACUCAAUAUAUGGGCAAAUUCACAUUGAAGAAGAAUCAACUAUUAAAUAUUCUUGGCAAGAUGAAUUUUUGCAAGGCACACAAAGUAAGAGAGAGGAAGGUGCGAGGUCUCCAGAAGAAACCUAUAAAGUGGUGGGGGAAGAAGCAAGUGCCCAUAUUUUAAAAGAGCAUCCUGAAGGUGAAAGAUCCCAUGUUGAAUCCAUUGUUAUUGAAAAAGAAAUUAAAAUUCCCCAUGAAUUUCAGACUUCAAUAAAAGGGCUUUUAUCCAAGGAAACGAAGGACCCUAAACAUCAAUUGAAGGAAGCUUUGGAGCAGCUGGGGGGCAGUCUCCCAGAAAGUGUGAAAGAGGAGCUCUCUGCAAUAACAAAAGACAACAAAGUGGAUGCUAGUAACUUGGCAUUUGAUAUCAAAAAAGUUGAUCAGAAGGAGGAGGGAGGCUCAGUGACCAUUGUCGCUGAAGUUAAUUUGUCCCAGACCCUUAAUACUGAUGAAUUUGAUGUAGAUCAACUUGGUGAAGUAAUCAAAAGCGAGAAGGAGAAGGCAACAAUACACUCCCUGAAAAAAGAGAGCUCAGAUAGCAGCAGUGUAGAAGUUUCUUCCCAUAGUGACAAAUACACUCCUUUUGCUGACCAAGAGAUCUACAGCUCAUCCACGACGAGGCGGAGUGGUGGCACUGGCUAUCACACCACUGAAAGGGUUGUUUAUGACGGUUCCGUUUCGGAAACUGCAGAUUAUGGAGAGGCCUCUCACUCAUCACAAUCAGCUGAUGAGACCAAGUCCCAGAGGCAUGUCAGGGUUGGCCCAGCAGAAGUCCAGAGGUUUGAGCAGGUCCUGUAUGAGGGGCCUGGUUCUGAAACGCUGGAGCUCAGUGCUGCAGAAGAUCUUGUUCAGAGAGAGGGACUGUCAGAAUUCAGCCAAUCUGUGAAGCACUUUAAACUGGGCCCCAACGAAAUCCAAACCACAGAACAAGUAAUUUUUACAGGCCCUGUUACUACAGUUGUAGAAGAGAUGGAUUCUGGAAAUCUUUCUCAGAAGGUCUCAACAGACUUCAGCAGGACCACAAGACGUGUCACAGUAGGAUCAAGGCAAGUGACUGAAGAAGUCUCUUUUGAGGGGUCUGGUUCGGACUCCCUGGCACUCAAUAGCUCAGAUGGCCUUUCCCAGGCUGAAGGGGCUGUGGAUGUCAGCAGAUCAAUGAGGCACUUCAGGCUGGGCCCAAAAGAGGUUCACACUGAGCACGUUAUCUUUGAAGGACCCAUCUCCGGUAAAGUGGAGGUCAGCAGCACGAGGGACUUCUCACAGGCAGAAAGUUCAGUCAGACAAAUCCAGAUGGGUCCCCAGGGAUUUAUGACAGCUGAAGAGAUCAUCUACCAGGGUCCUGCCUCUGAGCACACAGAAAUCACUGAACUGGAAGACCAGACCCUUUCAGGAGGCUCAAGAGCUUUCAGGCAUGUUAAAAUAAGUCCUGCAGGAACUCAUGCUGAGGAAAUCAUCUUCUCAGGACCCAUUGCUGGAAUGGUGGAAGAUCUUUCACAAAUAGCAGAGUCAUCUGAGAGCAGCAGCUCUGUGAAGCAUAUUAAAGUAGGCUCCAGGGAAACAGCGUACACUUUCCAAAUGGAUGUUUCCAAUCUGGGUGGAGUAUCUGCAGUGAAGAGUGGAGAACAUCAAGGGGCAACGUUGGUGUCCAGCCAGCAAGAGCCUUCUGCCAGGCAGCCACAGGUCAUGGUUGAAAGCAACCAGCUUGCAGGAAAUGAAGGCACAAGAAGUGGCUACGUUCUCUCCAGUUUUUCCCAAGAUCAGGGUGGAAAGGUGGUGGAACAGUCAUUUUUUGAUCAAACUGUGCAGGUGCAAAGAACAGUCGACCAAAGGUCGGAUACUUCUGAAGGGAAGAAAGUCGCCUUUCUCUACCUGGACCACGAGGAGGAAGAUGAUGAGGAGAAUGAUAAUGAUGGACAGUGGUUCUGAAAGGACUCUGGGAUGAAGCCUAAGUAGCGGCUUGUUUAUACGUAUUUUUUAUUAUCCUUUUUUUUUAAAGAGAAAAAAAGGGAUGGGGAAACACUCAAACUAUUUCGAUUAUUAAUGGUGGACUGAGAAGUAUUGAAUUUAAGCCACUAUUCAGCACAUUUUAUUUUAUUGGAAAUUUUAUUUUUGGGAGAGAUCAUGCUAUUAAUAUUUUUUCCUCAGAGUUCUGUGUCUAAUAUUUUCAGAUUUUUCCACCCAUAGAAACAGAAAUUUGCUACUGGGGAAUUCAGAGGAUUCUGGUUUUUUUUGUUUGUUUUAUAGCACAUCAGCUAUUGAAUGUGUGCUUGAAUAGGACUUUUCAAAUGAUUUUUUUCUUAAUACUGUAUUGUACUUGGUUGCUACAAUAUUACUAUGCAAUUCUAUUUGAAUCUCAAGCUACUAACCACAAAUUUAACAGAAUAUGAGACUAAUGAGUGGUAGUAGCUGAUUUUCAGUUCCAUUUCUGUGUACUUAUAUGCAAUACCUAAUGAAUACUUUAUAAGAGACAGUUAUUACAGCUAUAAAAUUAAAUAUGAUCCAGUAGGAUCAAACUAAGCAUAGCAAGAAUUGACAAAAGUGACAUUAUUUUUAUAGCUUGAAUGCAGUGUGCAAAAAAGAAAGAGGUAACACUGAGGUAAGAAUUUCUCACAGAAUCCCAGGUGGGAAAUAGUGGAUUGUAUGGUUAGACAGUAGUGUAUUUAAUAUCUCUAAAAAGAAAACAAAUUUAAAAACUAGACUGGAUAGUGUUCCCACUGAGGUAAGGAGAACUCCUUACAGAUUCAGUGGCUGUGUACAUUAGUAACCUCAACUUACUUUGCAAUUCAUGGGUUACCUGAUACUAGGUAUUGCUAAAGGCAAGUGUGAAGUGUCAAACAUGAUUACAUAGUGCCUAAUUUCCUAACACAGUGAAAUUAGCUGAUAUGUGUCCUGUUUGAAGGAAACUUUUACAAAUGACAUUGAUGACACUUAUGAUCAUUGUGUGUCAGCUCAUUCCCAGAUAAUCCUUUGUUUACAAACAAGAUGUCCUUUUCAAUCACUCCCCCUGCAAACCCAACCUGAGAUUUGAAUUUCUUUUUCUUCCUUUUUUUCCCUCUGAAUGUAACACGUGCCUCAGGCCAAAGUUGCCUUCUACUUAAAUUGUUUGCAAAUAAGCUAAUUUCACUUGGAUUGCACAUUGGUUGAAUGAAGGACAUAAUUUCACUUUAUAAUUCAGUGACUUUAUAAGUUCAGCUGGGAAGCCAGCACAGCACCACUGGCUGGCCUGACCUGGGCGGUGCUGGCAGUAACAAAAAUAGCAGCCAAAAUAUUGUCACUGGGGUAAGAAAUACCAUACUGGGCACGUAUGGAAGUAACAAACAGAGGUGAGAAGCUGCUGUUUCUGCACACACACGCUCACAAACACAAGCACACACUCACUGUGCCCACCUCUGCAGAGCAGACACACACCUGGCUCGGGGGGCUGAGCAGCGCCAGCCCGGCCGGUGCUGACUCCCAGAUUUUUUUCCUGUGGUUAUGUAAGCCUAGUUUUGUGUGUGCUGAUCCAUCUUAGACUCCAGUUAGACUAUCUCAGUCUGGCAUGACUAGUCACUUUUCAGAUUCCUUACUAUUAACAGAAGUAGAUUUCUCAAAGCUGACUGCUGCUUUAUACUAUGAAUGUAAAUGCAAAGCUGAGAAGCUCCGUGCUGACUGACAUAUCCUGCUCUUCCAGAUAUAGGACAGUUUAAUCCAUGUGUGCCUUAUUUUACUAAGUUUGAAACUGUACAAAGCUAUUAAUGUUCCAAAGAUUAACUCAUGAGGUUUGUCUGCACUGCAAAAUUUUCUGAAUGUUUUCCUCAUUUUGUCUGGAAUCAUUUGUUGAAAUUGGAAGUUCCACCAAAAGCUGGAAAAUGAAUAGGAAACUGAGCUGUGUAGAAGCACUAAAGACAUGUAAUCUAAGCUUAUUUAUACUGUUCACUGUGUAAUAGAUAAUAUUUUUUUCAAAAUUAUUCUUAUAUGCUCAGAAAAGAUCUUGUGCUUCCAUUUAUAAAUAGGAUGUUAAUUAUUAUAAUAUUUCUAAUCUCAUCCUAUAUUUUUGUUUCCUUAGUUGAUUGUAUGUUUUUAAAGGUGGCAACAUCUCCGUGUUUAAUAAUCAUGUAUAAGCCAGAAUUUUCCAGCUAGAUGCCAUGCUGCCAGUAAUCAGAUUCUGUACUUCAAGUAUCAAAUAACUGCAUGAAGGAAGAAGUCAGGUCUGUAGCAAGCAACAGAGGUAAAAAUAAUGAGUGUAAGUUUUCUUGAAAUUUUAUUCAAGGCUUACCAUUCUCUGUAAAGCAGACACAAGAAUAUCUGCAGAAAAUAUAUUUAGCAAUCAACAAAAAGCUACUUACAAUGCCAAGCCUGUUUAUUGUUACAUUGUGGAAUCUUUGACAGAUUCAGGUGCUCCUUAGGAACAGUGAUGCCAAAACUGUUCUGUUUAUCUUCACCUGCUGAGAGGAUUAUAAUGUAAGGUGAGGGAAUAAACCAGUGAGGAGCAAGUGACUCAUAAAAUGUAGCAAUGCCCUUAGCAUUGAAGGAUUUAAAAAAAUUAAAAAUCAGUGUUGCUUCCACUGAGGCAACAACAGCUCUUCAGAAAUUCCUUUGCACAUCACUGUCAGAUGCAGUAGGUUAUGCCAAGAUAUGUUUCUGUUUUGAUAGUCUGGAGGAAAAAUUCGUUCAGUGAACUGUAUUUCUAUUUAAGAGCAGGAUUUUAAUCAAUUAUUGGGAAGCUGGGUUAUUGUAGAGAACUGGAAAUGUGCAUUAGCAUGACAUUACAAAGAUUUUAACAUUUCAGGCACAGUUCCUUUGCAUUAAAAAAGGCUGUGAAAACAAAGUUGCCUCACAUAUAAAAGUUUAAGUUUUAUAAAGGUUUUAAUAUAAGCAACCCAUUUUCCACUUAGUUCUUAUUAACCUGAGACAUUUAGACAUAGUGGUAACUUUGGAUAAUUCUACCUUCAGACAAGAGAGUGUAUUUAGGUGGACAGUCAUAUUCAGCACACCUCGUGGCUGCAUGUGCAGAAUGGGGGCUGUAGGUCCAUGAAUUACUAAUGAGAGCAAACACAACCUACUCCCUGCUGUACUAACUCACCCAAGGUGAUCACUUUCUGCAUGGGAAUUAGAUCCUGUGGCUGAGCAGAUUGGUGACACACCCUCAGUCAGCAUGCACUUCUGAAGCUUACUCAUAUUAUGCUUUUUAUUUAAUAGAAAUAAAAACUUUACCGCUGAGUUUGGAUUAAACAAAACGCUUUUCAAAUAUAAUUAGCAUUUUGGGGCGGGUGAAAACUACGUGUUUCUAUGCUGAUAUAGAUCAGAAGUGGGGCACUGUUUCUUCAAAUGUGUGAACCACUGGUCUAGGAAGCAAAUGGAGCAUAGAAGAUAAAGAAGGAUGUGUGAGAUAGCGAGAGCUCUGUGCUGCUGGUGUUUGUGAACAGCAGGUGUUUCAGAAGACGGUCAGAAUGUUGAACCUGGGUUUGUUGAUGUCAGCUGUGUGAAACUUUGCAGGCAGCUUGUGUUCUGGUCAUUUGCAAUGAAACUGCGUUUUUUUUUUUGUGGUGGUAUAAGCUUUGUGAUUUUACACUUUUUCACUCUUGAGUAUUAAACAAUGAAAAUCAA